AAGAAAAGAAAUAAAUUUGUCACUAAAAACUAACCCACUUUUGGUACCCUUAUUUAUUUGCCUACACAAAACAAAACAAAACAAAACAAAACAACUAAACAAAAAACAGAGCAAAAGCAGAGCAACAACUCUGCAACUAUUUCUUCCCCCAUUUCUCAUGCCCUCACCAAGCCAACAACCCAUUCUCUUCAACUCAAACUACUCCACAAUGCUUAAAUCACUUAAAAAGAAGCUCUGCCUCCUCUGCUCUCGCCUUCGCUGGCCCACUCGCCGCCGCUCCAAGCCUAAAAUUAUCAUCAAAAGGUUUGGAAAAAAUAGCUCCAAAUUUCAAGAUGAUGCCAAUAGUGAAGUGGCCAUUAAUGGGUCGGCUGCAGUUCAUCCAAAUGGCGAAUUGGGUAGUCUAAACUCGGAAAAGCCUAUACGGAUAGCUACAUUCAACGCUGCCCUCUUUUCCAUGGCACCAGCAAUUCCCGAGGCUGAGAAGAGAACCAGUUUUGAAAUUGGAAAUGGAAAUGGAGAUAUAAUGAAUUUUAGGAGGUCAAUGGACUUGAAUUUACGCACAAAGUCUGUGAAUGAUCGGCCAAAAAGUAUUCUAAAGCAGUCUCCCCUGCAUCCAAGUUCCAUGAAUGGUACAAACAAUCUUUCAACGCAACAGAAGUUUGUGAAGUCCAAGUUAAGGGUGUCGAUAAACUUACCCGAUAAUGAGAUUUCAUUGUUACGGAAUAGACAGUUGAGCUUUGAUGAAAGAGAAGGUUCUUCUUCUUUUUCUGCUUCUGAUUCUGCUUCAAGUAGUAGAAUAAGUAGAGUUUUGAAAGGGAAGGCUCCUCUAAUAUCCAAUUCAAGCUUGCCUAUAAGUAUGCUAAAUGGUAUAGUUGGCGAGACCUAUAAAAGCAGCAGAACUGUGCUUGAAGUGCUGAGAGAGUUGGAUGCUGAUAUAUUGGCUCUACAAGAUGUGAAGGCUGAGGAAGAAAAGGCCAUGAAGCCUCUGUCUGAUUUGGCUGGUGCUUUGGGAAUGAAUUACGUUUUUGCCGAAAGCUGGGCACCGGAGUACGGCAACGCCAUCUUGUCAAGAUGGCCUAUUAAGCAGUGGAAAGUUCAGAAGAUCUUUGAUGAUUCUGAUUUCCGGAAUGUUCUGAAGGCCACGAUUGAUGUGCCCCACUUGGGAGAAGUUAAUUUCAACUGCACCCUCCUUGAUCAUCUCGAUGAGAACUGGCGAAUAAAGCAGAUAAAUACAAUAAUACAGUCUAGUGAUGAAGCUCACAUUUUAACUGGAGGCCUCAAUUCACUUGAUGAAACAGAUUACUCAGAAGAAAGAUGGACUGACAUCGUAAAGUACUAUGAGGAGAUAGGAAAGCCAACACCAAAGGUUGAAGUGAUGAGAUUUUUGAAGAGCAAACAAUAUACAGACGCUAAGGACUUUGCAGGAGAAUGCGAAUCGGUGGUCAUGAUUGCCAAAGGCCAAAGUGUGCAGGGAACAUGCAAAUAUGGAACUCGGGUUGAUUACAUAUUGGCAUCACCAAAUUCACCUUACAAGUUUGUUCCUGGAUCAUAUUCAGUGUUUUCUUCCAAAGGGACUUCUGAUCAUCACAUAGUGAAAGUUGAUUUAGUAAAAGUAACAAGUACAGCUGCUGAAGAAAAUGUCAAUAAAAAAAGGCGACAACCAAAACAGAAAGUUAUAAAGGUAACACAGUCAUCUCCAUCAAAAGGUAGAUAUCAGGCGAGGAAUAAGAUCUGGUGGUGUAACAUUUUUUUUCUUUUUUCAAGAAGAAUCUGUAUAGUUAUUGAGUUGGACGUUGGAACUUAUACUCUUCUUUUUUCUUAAAAUAAGUAGGGAAGGGGGAUUUGAAUCGAGGAAGAGAUGAGUAAUGCAAUGAGAUACGAGGUUGUAGACUCAAACUUAAACAUUUUAAUAGUGAAAUGUUGCUACUUGCUCAUUUGACCAUCACUGUUGCUUUCAUCAUAUGCCGGAUUGCAUAUAUACUAAGCGCUUACGUUUGGUAGGCAUGCACUCAUUCUACGUUAAAUGGAUGUCAUCUUUACAAGUUUCAUGUUUCAUGCUUAUCUCAGUUAAACGCCACUUAAACAAUGGAUGACAAUUACAUUAUGUAUAUAAAAUGUAUGCUCUCUCUAUCUGUCUUUUUUUUAAUAUUGUAAAUAGCAUAGAUAAUUACAACAGGUCAAUUCCACAAGAGUGGUAAUUAUGAUUAUCCCCUUUUCUAGUA